CCAAUUCCAAUGGCGAAAUCCUCAGCAAAAGCAGACAAAAAGUCGUCCAAGGAGAGCAAGUCGGCUGCCGGGAAGGAGGUGACAAAGCAAAAGGCCCGUUCCUCCAAGGACAUCCUCGCUAACGGCGCUAAGCCUGCCAAAAAGACGCAGCCCGUCAAGCCUGCCAAAAAACAGGAGAGCAGCGACGAGUCCUCUGACUCCGACUCUGACGAGGAAGAGAAGCCCACCACCAAGACCGCUGCUAAGCCUGCAGCUAAAGCCAAGGCAUCUAAAGCCAAGGCUACACCUGCCAAAGCACCCAGCAGCGACUCUUCUGACUCUGAUUCCGACUCCGAUGCCGCACCUGCAUCAAAAGCAAACGGCAAGGCAAACGGCAAAACAAAUGGCAAGGCGAAGGUGUCUAGUGACGAGAGCAGUGAGUCUUCAUCAGAGGAGGAGGCUCCUGCUACCAAGAAGUCUUCUCCCACUAAACCCGCCGCUAAAAAAGCGGCCGCACCACCAAAACCCGCAUCCGACGAUUCUGACGAUUCUUCCGACGAAGAGGAAGAGUCCAAGGUAGAACAAAUAAAAGCAGCGGCCAAGGCUAAUGCAUCGAGCUCAUCCGAGUCGGAAGAGUCGGAAGAGGAGAAGCCGGCUCAAAAAGCUGCUUCAGCUAAAAAGGCUGCUCCUUCGCCCGCCAAAAAAGCACCCGCCAAGAAGGGUGAGAGUUCAUCUGAUGAGGAUAGCUCGGAUGACUCGUCAGAGGACGAGAAGCCCGCCGCGAAGCCGGUGCCGGCCAAGGCCACGCCUGCAAAGGCCGCUCCCACUAAGAAGGCAGACUCUGACUCUGACUCAGACAGUGACGAGGACAGCGACGAAGAAUCCUCCGACGAGAAGGAUGGUGAUGUGGAGAUGGCAGAGCCUGAACCUCCUAAGGGUAAGCGCAAGGCUGAUACCCAGGAUGCUGUCCCAGCGAAAAAGGUCAAGAUUGCCAACGGCGAUGCCAUGGAUGUUGACAACGAGAUCAAGAGCAUAUUCGUCGGACGGUUGUCAUGGAACGUCGACAACGACUGGCUGGCCAAGGAGUUUGCCGAGUGCGGAGAGGUCGUCUCUGCUACCGUGCAGAUGGACCGCUCGACCGGCCGCUCGAGAGGAUUCGGAUACGUCCACUUUUCCACCUCCGAGGCUGUCGAGAAGGCCAUCGAGUUGAACGGCAAGGAGAUCGACGGCCGCGCCGUCAACGUCGACAAGAGCAACCCACCGAAUAAGGACGCUUCGCGCGAGAAGCGCGCCAAGACCUUUGGCGACACCACCAGCCCACCGUCGGCUACGCUGUUCGUCGGGAACCUUAGCUUCGGCAUGAACGACGACGCGCUCUGGGAGGCAUUCUCGGAGCACGGCGAGGUGAAGAACGUCCGUCUGCCUACGGAUCGGGAGUCCGGCCGGCCGAAGGGCUUUGGUUACGUCGAGUUCAGCGACGUGGAGACCGCGAAGAAGGCGCAUGCGGCUAUGCAGGGAGUGGAGCUGGACGGUCGGUCUGUUCGUCUCGACUUCUCGCAGCCGAGAGACGAUUCAGGUGGUGCCCGGGGAGGCCGGGGAGGCGGACGGGGAGGUUUCGGUGACCGAGGUGGUUACGGUGGCCGGGGCGGCUUCAGUGACCGGGGUGGUGGCCGCGGUCGGGGCUUCGGUGACCGUGGUCGUGGCGGUCGCGGUGGUCGCGGCGGUGGCCGUGGGGGCGGACGAGGAGGAGCUCGCUCGGGUACCAUUACUGAGUUCCAGGGCGAGAAAAUUACGUUCUGAUCUGUAUGCUACCAGCACGUCGUUUACUUACUGACUCUCGAUCAGCGUCUCUUAGGGUUCAAUACGCAUGUACAUGUGCUCUAGUUAAAAACAUGGUAUGAUCAUGUCCUCAUUAUAAUAAUUAGG